UCGAACAUGGCUGCGCCCUUGCAUCAACGCGCAGUGUUAUUACACAACUCUACAGUGUCUUUCAAAUAAUAACUUGAUACAUAUUUUUAAUUUAAUACAUUUUGUUAAUAUAGUGGACAGCAUGGGAGUCGUAAAGCAUGUCGUGUGUGCCAUGUCAGGUGGUGUCGACAGUUCUGUCACGGCGUUAUUGCUGAGGCGUAGAGGGUACCAUGUCACAGGUGUGUUCAUGAAGAACUGGGACUCCCUUGAUGAGAAAGGGGUAUGCACCACUGAGAGAGACUGUGAAGAUGCGUACAAGGUCUGCAGACAGCUGGAUAUACCGUUCCAUCAAGUGUCUUAUGUCAAAGAAUACUGGCACGAAGUGUUCAGUAAUCUGCUGAAGGAAUACCAAAAGGGAAGAACGCCAAACCCAGACAUAGUAUGCAAUAAGCACAUCAAGUUCAAACACUUCUACCAGUAUGCCACUGACACACUAGGAGCUGAUGCCAUGGCGACAGGUCACUAUGCAAGAACCUCCCUGGAGGAUGAUGACGUCUUCCAUCAGAGGCAUGUUCUUCCUCCUCAGACUCUGUUCCGAGACCGCUUUGAGAUCCGCAACCCGGUGAGACUGUUUCAGGGAGCCGACCUCCUGAAGGACCAGACCUUCUUCCUCAGCCAGGUAUCCCAGGAUGCAUUGCGCCACACCCUCUUCCCCUUGGCGAGCCUGACGAAGGACUUCGUCAAGAAGAUGGCUGCUGAAGCCGGCUUUCAGCAUGUGCUGAAGAAGAAGGAGAGCAUGGGAAUCUGUUUCAUCGGCGAGAGGCACUUUGAGGAGUUCAUCCUUGAGUACCUGGAGCCCAGGCCCGGAAACUUUGUCUCCAUCGAAGACGGAAAAGUCAUGGGGGAGCACAAGGGCUGGUUCACAUUUACACUGGGCCAAAGGGCCCGGAUAGGUGGCCAGAGAGACGCCUGGUUUGUGGUGGACAAAGACAUCACUACAAAUGACUUAUUUGUGGCACCCACCACUAACCACCCGGCGUUGCUAAGAGACACCCUGCGCACGGAGCGUUUUCAUUGGAUCGCAGAGGAGCCCCCGUCUGAGCUCAUACGGACCAAGAUGAUGGAGUGCCACUUCCGCUUCCAGCACCAGAUGCCCCUGACUCCCUGUACGGUGACUCUGAACAUGGACGGAACGGUUUGGAUCAUGACGGCGAAACCCCUGAGAGCACUGACUCCAGGACAGUUUGCUGUUCUCUACAAGGGUGACGAGUGCCUGGGCAGUGGGAAGAUCCUCAGUCUGGGCCCCAGCGAAUACACACUGCAGCAGGGACGCCAGCGCCUGGCAGCCAGCCCCCUCACUCACCACAGCGCUACCACCAGCACCGGCCAAUCACAACCCCUCACCCAGACUGGUACUGGCCAAUCAGAGGCCUCCACGGCUGCUGCCAGCCAACAAGAAUCCACAACCACACAGACUGCUACCACCCCCCAAUCGGAUAAUAGAACACAGACUGCUGCUACCAAUGGCCAAUCAGAACCUAGGACCACAUAGAUGCAACCAACUGCUACCCACCAACCAGAAUCCAUCACCCGGAAAGGCAACAUCCAAUUAAAAGCCAGAGCCACACAGACUACUGCUACCACCUGCAACCAACCAGAACCCCUUGCCCGGCACACUACCAACCAAUCGCAAAUCACACAAAUGCCAAUUAGGACGCAUUACAGGGGCGCCUGUGACCAGUGAAAAAGAAGCCAUCAGCAGUCGCUCCGCUGCAGCAGACACCCAGAUAGGGCCUCUCAUCAGCCACACUGGGGUUACCCAUGCAGAACCAGGACCGGGCAGCAAGCACUGUGCCACCACCACCACUACCCAGGCAGAAGGCCUCAGGCAGAGGGGUGCCACCCAGGCAGAGCCUCCUCCCUGAGGAGAGGAGAGGAGGGGAGGGGAGGACAGCGGGGGAGUGUAUGUGUGUGUGUGUGCGUGUGUGCGUGUGCGUGUGUGCGUGCGUGCAUGUGAAGUCAUAUGAAAGCACCCCCCUCUCCCACCCCCACCCAAUUCAUACAAUGUAAUGAGGACCCAAUUCGGCAUUCAACCCUGGAUUACUGUGCAAAAAGAUGACUGCAAUUUUUCUGGUCUCAAAGGAUGUGAGAUUUUGGCCUAGUAAACAGAAACUGAACCGAGAACAUGAAAGCACAGAUAUGCCUGAGUAUGAGAAAAUUCAGAACUUGUUCCUCAUAUGCGUGUGCGUGCGCGCGCCUGCGUGCAUGUGUGUGUGCGUGCGUGUGUGCGUGCCUGCGUGUGUGCAUGUUGGCUGUUUGCUUUAGACUUCUGACUCCUCAAAGAAUGAGAUUCAAUGAAAGUGCCUUGUCUGUGCAUCUUUAUUAGACUUGAAGCCCAUAUGUGAAACGUUUGCAAAUUACUGGUAUGAUUUAUUUAAUAGGAUAGUUGAAAUCAUGGAUAUUGUGGAUAAGUGAAACAGAAAAUCCUGAUGGAUUAUCCUGAUGAAGAGUGAUAAAACCAAGUAUUAUAAACAAUUUCAGAAUGUUGGUGUUUUUU